AUGAUAAAAAAUGAAACAGUGUCACUGUAAGAUUUGGGUCCCUUUUUUAAUUUCACAAGACGGAGAGGAAAUUAAAGAAGGAAAAGCACGACCUUUGCCGACUUCCUUCUGUUAAUCAUGGCGGCUCCGGAGGAUGAAUCUUCCGCUCAGUCUCAAUCAUCACCUGCCACGGCGGCUCCUACGCCUCCUCCUUCCUCUUCCCCUUCCUCUGCUGGGGAUCACUACCUAGCUAAGUGCAUCCUCCGCCCCAGCGUCGUUCUCCAGGUUGCUUAUGGCUACUUCCGCUCCCCUUCCUCCCGCGACAUAGUUUUCGGCAAGGAGACCUGCAUAGAAUUGGUGGUUAUUGGUGAAGACGGGAUUGUUGAAUCGGUGUGUGAACAGUAUGUAUUUGGAACAAUUAAGGAUUUGGCUGUCAUACCUCAGAGUAGCAAGCUUUAUUCGAAUAGUUUGCAGAUGGGAAAAGACCUUCUGGCUGUUCUUUCUGAUUCUGGAAAGCUCUCAUUUCUCUCAUUUAGCAAUGAAAUGCACAGGUUCUCGCCAAUACAACAUGUUCAACUUUCUACUCCAGGUAACUCAAGGAUUCAACUCGGAAGAAUGCUCACAAUAGAUUCCAGUGGUCUCUUUCUUGCUGUCAGUGCGUAUCAUGACCGUUUUGCUCUGUUUUCCCUCUCAACAUCGUCUAUGGGUGAUAUUAUUCAUCAGAGGAUUUCUUAUCCUUCUGAAGACGGAGGGAAUGGUAGCUCUAUUCAAGCAAUAUCUGGUACUAUUUGGAGCAUGUGCUUCAUUUCUAAAGAUUUUAAUGAAUCCAAGGAGUAUGCUCCUAUUCUUGCCAUUGUUAUAAAUAGGAAAGGGUCCCUCAUGAAUGAGCUGGCUUUGUUUAGAUGGAAUGUCAAAGAGGAAUCCAUAUGUUUAAUAUCAGAGUAUGUUGAAACUGGGGCUCUGGCACAUAGUAUUGUCGAAGUUCCUCACUCCUCUGGAUUUGCCUUUCUGUUUAGGAUUGGUGAUGUUCUCUUAAUGGAUCUAAGAGAUCCUCAAAACCCUUGCUGUCUGUUUAGGACAUCCUUAGAUUUUGUUCCUGCUUCAUUAAUGGAAGAGCAUUUUGUUGAAGAGUCGUGUAGAGUACAAGAUGGAGACGAUGAGGGCUGUAAUGUUGUUGUAUGUGCUUUGUUAGAGCUCAGGGAUCAUGAGGUCAGGGAUCAUGAUCCCAUGUUCAUAGAUACUGAAAGUGACAUUGGAAAGUUGAGUUCUAAGAACGUCUCUUCAUGGACUUGGGAGCCGGAAAAUAAUCAUAAUCCUCGGAUGAUUAUUUGCUUAGAUAAUGGUGAUUUUUUCAUGUUUGAACUCAUAUAUGAAGAUGAUGGGGUUAAAGUAAAUCUAUCAGAGUGUUUAUACAAAGGUUUACCAUGCAAGGAUAUUUUAUGGAUCGAAGGUGGAUUCCUUGCUACAUUUGCAGAAAUGGCAGAUGGAACGGUUUUCAAAUUGGGAACUGAGAAGCUACAUUGGAUGAGUUCCAUACAAAAUAUUGCUCCGAUCUUGGAUUUUUCGGUUAUGGAUGACCAGAAUGAAAAACGAGACCAAAUAUUUGCUUGUUGUGGUGUAACCCCUGAAGGCUCUCUGAGAAUUAUUCGUAGUGGCAUUAAUGUAGAAAAACUUCUGAAAACCGCGCCUGUUUAUCAAGGAAUAACUGGUACUUGGACUGUUAAAAUGAAGCUUACUGAUGUAUACCAUUCAUUUCUUGUUUUGUCAUUUGUUGAGGAGACCAGGGUUUUAUCAGUUGGAUUAAGUUUUAAAGAUGUCACUGAUUCAGUUGGUUUCCAGUCUGAUGUUUGCACCUUCGCAUGUGGGCUUGUUGCUGAUGGUUUGUUGGUUCAGAUUCAUCAAGAUGCAAUUAGGCUGUGCAUGCCUACAAUGGAUGCUCAUUCUGAUGGUAUUCCUGUUUCUUCACCAUUUUUCUCAUCGUGGUUUCCAGAAAAUGUCAGUAUCAGCUUGGGGGCAGUUGGUCAAAAUUUGAUAGUUGUCUCUACGUCUAACCCUUGUUUCUUGUCUAUUCUUGGGGUCAAAUCAGUAUCAUCUCAAUGCUGUGAAAUCUAUGAAAUUCAACGAGUAACAUUGCAGUAUGAAGUUUCCUGCAUCUCAGUUCCUCAAAAACAUAUUGGAAAAAAGAGAUCCCGUGAUUCUUCCCCGGAUAAUUUUUGCAAAGCUGCGAUUCCUUCUGCUAUGGAGCAAGGCUAUACAUUUUUGAUUGGCACACAUAAGCCUUCUGUUGAGGUCCUUUCCUUCACAGAAGAUGGUGUUGGUGUUCGAGUCCUUGCUUCUGGGUUGGUAUCGCUAACAAAUACAAUGGGAACUGUUAUUAGUGGGUGCAUUCCUCAAGAUGUAAGACUCGUGUUAGUUGAUCAACUUUAUGUCCUUUCUGGGUUGAGAAAUGGGAUGCUUCUCCGUUUUGAGUGGGCCCCUUUUUCAAAUUCAUCCGGGUUGAAUUGUCCAGAUUAUUUUAGUCACUGUAAAGAGGAGAUGGACACUGUUGUGGGCAAAAAAGACAAUUUACCAGUCAACCUUCUGUUAAUUGCUACCCGACGCAUUGGCAUCACACCUGUUUUCUUGGUUCCGUUCAGUGAUUCACUGGAUUCAGACAUCAUAGCUCUUAGUGACAGGCCAUGGUUGUUACAAACAGCUCGACAAAGCCUUUCCUAUACUUCCAUCUCAUUCCAACCUUCUACUCAUGCAACUCCUGUAUGCUCGUUUGAAUGCCCCCAAGGAAUUCUUUUUGUUUCAGAGAACUGUUUACAUCUGGUGGAGAUGGUGCACAGCAAACGGCGUAAUGCGCAAAAGUUUCAGCUUGGAGGCACCCCGCGAAAGGUUAUCUACCACAGUGAAAGCAAAUUAUUGAUUGUGAUGAGAACUGAUCUGUAUGAUACAUGUACGUCUGAUAUAUGCUGUGUAGACCCGCUCAGUGGGUCAGUGUUAUCAUCCUACAAGCUCAAACCUGGAGAGACUGGAAAGUCAAUGGAGCUUGUACGUGUGGGAAAUGAACAUGUCCUUGUGGUUGGGACGAGUUUGUCUUCUGGUCCUGCUAUACUACCCAGUGGUGAAGCUGAAAGUACAAAAGGACGAGUAAUCAUCCUCUGCUUAGAACACACUCAAAACUCGGAUAGUGGUUCAAUGACAAUUUGUUCAAAGGCUUGUUCGUCUUCCCAACGUACAUCACCUUUCCAUGAUGUUGUGGGAUACACAACAGAAAACCUAUCAAGCAGUAGCCUCUGCAGCAGUCCAGAUGAUUACAGCUAUGAUGGAAUCAAACUUGAUGAAGCUGAAACAUGGCAGUUAAGAUUGGCCUCUUCAACCACUUGGCCGGGUAUGGUACUUGCAAUCUGUCCAUACCUUGAUCAUUACUUCCUGGCAUCUGCCGGCAAUGCUUUCUAUGUCUGUGGUUUUCCGAACGAUAGUCCUGAGAGAAUGAAGAGGUUUGCGGUAGGAAGGACCCGUUUCAUGAUAACAUCUCUGCGCACAUACUUCACUAGAAUUGUUGUUGGGGAUUGCCGUGAUGGUGUUCUAUUUUAUUCUUAUCACGAGGAAUCAAAGAAACUUCACCAAAUAUAUUGUGAUCCAGCGCAGAGGUUAGUUGCUGACUGUUUUCUAAUGGAUGCUAAUUCCGUUGCUGUAUCUGAUCGCAAGGGGAGUAUAGCAAUCCUGUCUUGCAAAGAUCAUUCAGACUUUGGUAUGAAGCACCUUGAAUAUUCAAGUCCGGAGUCCAACCUGAAUCUAAACUGUGCUUAUUACAUGGGAGAGAUUGCCAUGUCUAUAAAAAAGGGUUGCAACAUCUACAAACUUCCAGCUGAUGAUGUACUGCGAAGUUAUGGUCUUAGUAAAAGUAUUGACACAGCUGAUGACACUAUCAUAGCAGGCACGCUAUUGGGAAGUAUAUUUGUGUUUGCUCCUAUUUCAAGCGAGGAAUAUGAGCUCUUAGAAGGUGUCCAAGCAAAGCUUGGGAUCCAUCCCCUGACUGCUCCUGUACUUGGUAAUGAUCAUAAUGAGUUCCGAGGUCGAGAGAAUCCGUCCCAAGCGAGAAAGAUAUUGGAUGGUGACAUGCUUGCUCAGUUCUUGGAGCUUACAAAUAGACAGCAGGAGUCAGUUUUAUCGACACCUCAGCCAUCACCAAGCACAUCAAAAGCAAGUUCAAAGCAACGUUCUUUCCCGCCUCUCAUGCUACACCAAGUUGUACAGUUGCUUGAGCGUGUCCAUUACGCUUUGCACUAGGUCAUCCUCUUCCGAGCCCGCUUUCUUACCAAGGCUUGCAACUUAAAGGACGGCAGUUUCAUGGUUAACGAAUUCACUAAUUUGAUCUGGAUGCAAAGAGUUGGAAAUACCCAGUCUCAGCAGCUGCCUUGUGUACUUAAGGGCGACGAGUCUUAACAACCAAAUCCUCUCUCUCCCUGCAACAGUUUGUAGAGGAUACUUCCCGCAAGUACAGAAGUUGGUGAGUGAAGUGGGUUUUAAAUUAAUCAUAGGACUCGGUAUUGUUGUGUACAUAGAGACGAAUAACCCAAGUAAUUUGAAAUUAAAACAAAGGGAUACUGGACACAAAACUGUAGUGAUAAAUCAUAAACUCGUCCUUAGUUUGAAUAGUUUCUUUUUACCUCAGUAAUUUAGAUUACACAAACAUGAGACAAAUAUUGGUUACUCUUGUGCAAAGGAACAAAUUUUGAAACUGGUA